UGCCAGCUUGCCCCAAAGCAAGAUGGCUGCCAAUCUCUAUUCUCCGCUACCGAAAUGAAGCUAUCCACUCCCCGUUUAAUGCCGCUGCCAGGCUGCCCUCAACUAGCAUGGCUACUCCGGCUCAUGCCUCACUAUGGUCUCGAAGCCGCCACUAACCGGCCAGGUUCCGGGAGGCGCUGUUCAGGAUGCAGCCACCCCCGCCCGCCUCUCCCCUCCCCCACGCCCGCGGUGGCGGCGGCGGCGGCGGCGGCUGGAGCCCGGAUGCGGCGCCGUGAGACAGGCCCGGGAGAGCGGCGCGGAUGGAUCCAACAUGGCGGCGCCGAGCCUGAGCCGAGAGAAGAGACCUGGGAAAUUAAGUUUCUUGCAGAGGGAGUUAACCCUCAGGAUUGAGACCUAUUGUAGAAUUGCAUCCAUUGAUACAUAAUUAGGACCACAGUGCUUUCCUGUAUUCUGCUUCAUUUUCCAGUGACCAGUAUACUGGGGAUUGCAGCUGCUGAGCAGGGAUUCUGGAAAGCAUUGUGCACCUGAGCCCCCAGCAUGGCGGGCCUAAAGCGGAGGGCAAGCCAGGUGUGGCCCGAAGAGCAUGGUGAGCAAGAGCACGGGCUGUAUAGCCUGCAUCGCAUGUUUGACAUCGUGGGCACCCACCUGACACACAGAGACGUACGAGUUCUUUCCUUCCUCUUUGUUGAUGUCAUUGAUGACCACGAGCGUGGCCUCAUCCGAAAUGGACGUGACUUCUUAUUGGCGCUGGAGCGCCAGGGCCGCUGUGAUGAGAGUAACUUUCGCCAGGUGCUGCAGCUGCUGCGCAUCAUCACUCGCCAUGACCUGCUGCCCUACGUCACCCUCAAGAGGAGACGGGCUGUGUGCCCUGAUCUUGUAGACAAAUAUCUGGAAGAGACAUCAAUUCGCUAUGUGACACCCAGAGCCCUCAGCGAUCCAGAACCGAGGCCUCCCCACCCCCCUAAAACAGUGCCUCCCCACUAUCCUGUGGUGUGCUGCCCCACUUCGGGCCCUCAGAUGUGCAGCAAGCGGCCAGCUCGAGGGAGAGCUACACUUGGGAGCCAGCGAAAACGCCGGAAGUCAGUGACACCAGAUCCCAAGGAAAAGCAGACAUGCGACAUCAGACUGCGGGUUCGGGCUGAAUACUGCCAGCAUGAGACUGCUCUGCAGGGCAACGUCUUCUCCAACAAGCAGGACCCACUUGAGCGCCAGUUUGAGCGCUUUAACCAGGCCAACACCAUCCUCAAGUCCCGGGACCUGGGCUCCAUCAUCUGUGACAUCAAGUUCUCUGAGCUCACCUACCUCGACGCAUUCUGGCGCGACUAUAUCAAUGGCUCGUUACUAGAGGCACUUAAAGGUGUCUUCAUCACAGACUCCCUCAAGCAGGCUGUGGGCCAUGAGGCCAUCAAGCUGCUGGUGAAUGUGGACGAGGAGGACUAUGAGCUGGGCCGACAGAAACUCCUGAGGAACUUGAUGCUGCAAGCAUUGCCCUGACCUUUUUCCCCUUCUCACUUCUCUGGGGACUUCUCACCACCCACCUCUGGAGCUUACAUACCGUUCUGGGGUUUGUUCUCUACCCUUCCAACCAAUCACACCCCUGCCUUUUUUUUUUUUUUUUUUAAAGGAAAAGACAAACGAAAAAUGGAAGUGGUGUUCCCCACUCCUCCCUGCACCCAUGUGCCUGGGCUUCCCUUUGUUUCCCUUUUCCACUUACCCCCAUCAUGUGUGUCUCUACAGCCACCUUGCCACUGAGCCGUAAGACAAAUGUAUAGGGAGAGAAGCAAAGUCUAUAGAACAUAGUCUUUGUAAGGGAUUGAAGUGAUCACUGCUUUUGGGUGCAUUGAGGGGUUAUCAGUACUUCUGGCUUUAUGAGGGCUCUUAAAUUUUGUCUGAGAAACCAAAGGGCUGUCAGUAGGGAGCUGUGUGGAAGGUGGGACUCUGAAGUGUAUUUUGGAAAUUAAUCACUACCCUCUCCCAAAUUAUAGAAUUUUUAAAAAACAAAGAAGCUGUGGCCCUUUCCACUCUCUCCUGGCCUCUGGUGCUGCUCCUCUCUGCCUCGUUUCCUCCAUUCCAUGGCUUGAAACCUCGGCCUGGUGUGGCUCCUUCCUUUUCCCUCUUUGUCAAACCCUCUUCAAAGGAGUAACAGGUGAGCGGACUAGGUCAGCCUAGUCACCCUCCCAACUGUGGUGUGUGUGUACACACAUACACAGGGUGGAUGGAGAAGAGGUUGCUGAUUAAAAUACACUCCCCCUAAAAAGGGGAAGGGGGAGUGUGACACUUUCUUUCCAUGUUCAAGUGAAAAUAAAUAAUGUACCCUGCAGCCCUUUUCCCCUUUGCUUUCUUCUGGCUUGGGCAAAGGGCAUCAUAGGUGAAAGUGAAAUGAUUCAAUAUCAAUUCCUUUCUUCUUUUUCUUUCCCCAUCCUCUACCCCCAGUCCCACCCCCAAGCUUGGGAGCAUGGGGUUGGGACAUGCACUGAGUGUCGCACUUUUAUUUAGAUAGGGAGGCAUGUUGAAUGAGUCAGGAGGCCUAGAACUGGAGUCUAGUCCAGCUGGUACAAUACCACCUCCCCUUUCAGCUCCCAAAAGAGAUAUCCAGACACAGACUUUAUGAUUAUUAUAUUUUUU